AUGCCUGGGCAAUGGGUUCUGGACGACUCUCAAAGUCUGUACUACAGUGACAGCGGUGAACGGCCAGAGGAAGUCUCCACCAAGCGACUACCACGGCGUCUUUCGGGACAGGAAAAUGCCCCGUUUCGACGUCGUCCGGACAGACCCUCAAAUACCUACAGACAGCACAUGCCCAUUCGACACCAGACACCAACGCUGGAUCGGAAAUCAACCACCACAGUUUCAUCCACGGCACCGCCUUCAUUCAAGCGCCCUAGAUUGUCCUCCGAGGGCGACUUGCUGGGACAUCCGCUGGUCUUGGGACAGGCUCCGGAUGCUGCGCCGCCCGUGGACCUCGAUCUCGAUCUCUAUCAGGAUGUCCAGACCACACCGACCACCACGGCGUCAGCCAUGGCAGCCAGUAGCGUUUUCGCACCCACACUGCCGCCCGUCCUGGAAGUUUCACGACACCGCCGCGACGAGUGCGACAAGUCCCAGAAGGAGGCCGGGCAUGCCAUCACGCGGGUCCUGGCGCGCCUGGACCGGGCGCUGCUGCUCGACCACACGUUCACACACCCUCUCUCCAGCCUGAACCUGGUCAUGGGCUUCAACACCAGCCUGCCGCGGUCGCGGCUCGACACAUACAUUACGGCGCUAAGGCAACUGCUACGGUGUUCGUCCGAGCAGUGUUUCUUGAGCAACGAACUACAACGCGCCAUCACUGCCGAAGGCGUCCUGUGGGUGGUCCGUGAGGCGUGGCCCGCGGCCGAAGGAUACUGGAACUUGACGGCCACUUUUCGAGGCUUCCUCCACGCUGAGCUCUGGCGCAAUUUCCCCAGCCAGCGCUCCUACAGCCAACUCCCGCCCGCGUACCGACCGACGCGGGCGCAGCUGUCGGUGCCGCACUCGCCCAUGAUCGACUGGAUGCCGUGGCCCGACGUGCGGGACAUGGCCAUCAAAUAUCAGGAUCAGAUCGACGUGGACGCGCUGUUCCGCAUGGCGAUCCACAACGUGGUCGCGCAUCGGAAGAGGCGCGGAGGCCGGGGCCGGGGAAGAAAUCUGUCCCUGCCAACGACGGCGUCGUCGUUGUCGUCGUCUGCAUUCGCUAAGGAAGCUUACCACGAUGACUACGCCGGCCCCGACCUCCUAGAGACAACCACCUCCACUCCUCCCCUCACACACGUCAAUCAAGCCCAAGGUGGCGAUGACGACGAUGCGAGCGACAAAACCUCCUUCCGCGUAUGGGACCUCGUCUGCCUCGAAAAGGCGCACGAGACCCCUCCCACGCCAACACCAACGCCCACGCUCACGCCCGCGUCCACGCUCCAGGCCGAACCGGGCCUGUCGAAGAAACCGGUCCUGCGGUCCCCGGGGGUGCGGGCGCUGCUGCGCGCCUACGACCUCGAGUACGACGAGUUCGACACGCAGAAGCUGGACGACCGCUUCUUCGAGGCGUACCCGUGUCUGUACGCCGACUCGGCCGCGUCAACGUGGACGGUCAAGAGUUUCCCCAACUUGCCGCGCGAGGACGUCGGGCGGCCCGUGGCACUCACGCGUCCGGCGGUGGCGCGCCUCAAGGACCGGUUGGAGAAUAUGAUUGGGGCGCGGAUUGAGAUUUAA